AGAGGAGGGUGGAACAUCGCCUGGAGCCGGGGGACACCUUGCAGGGGCUGGCGCUCAAGUAUGGGGUCACGAUGGAGCAGAUCAAGCGGGUGAACCGGCUGUACACCAGUGACUCCAUCUUCCUCAAGACGACACUGCACAUCCCCGUCCUGGUGGAGCCCAAGCAGAUGGCGAAUGGCUUAAACCUGGAGGAAGAGGAAGAAGAGGCGGAGGAAGGAGCCAGGCGGCCCCCCACGGGAGAGGAGAAGCCGGUGCUGAAAAACGGCUCCAUGACCAGCACAGGCACCACCCCCCGCCACGACCUCUCGGCCACGGAUUUCUUAAGGAAGCUCGACUUGGAGAUCAGCCUGUCCAAGAAGGCUGCGGUGAAGAAGCUGCGGGAGCGGGAGAUCGCAAUCGCCAGGGCCGAGCUAGGAGCCAGCAGGACCGUCUCCUAUCAGAGCGAGCCCUCGCCUCCCGCUCAGCAGCGCGCCCUGCUGGGCCCCGUGCCGCUCACCAAAACCACCCGGGCCGCCACGCUGCGGGACCAGGAGGACGAGAUCUUCAAGCUCUGAUGGGCGGAGCCUUCUUUUCCCCAUGGACUCGCCUCUCCCCUCCUAGCCGGCGUGUCCAGCCACGGGGGGCGGGUGGGGAGUGCAGCGCAGGGUUUGUGAUGGCCCUGCCAGGGGGAUCCGGACGGUGCUGAGGCCCUGAUCCUGGCAGGAGCCUGCGUGAGUCCUCCGGCUGCCCCUGCCUUUGCACCAAUCUGCGGAGGGAUGGGCUGGCUGCAGAGGGAGCAGUGUAUGGGGGACGUUCUGCGGCUGGGGGGCGGCGUGCACAGAGACAUGUUAUGGGGGUGACUGGUAGAGCGCCCCCUUGGGGUGGGGGAGUCUCAGCGACAUGCUCUAAUGCCCAGCGUUUUCUGCGCUGCUCUGCUCUUCGCUGGCCUUUCCCACAGCCGGGCUCUGAGCUCCCCGUCCCAGCGCGCCAGCCUCUUCCUGUCCCAUCCCGUCAGGUCGCCGUGUUCGGAGACAGCCCCGUUGCCUGCAACCCCCUUGGGUCUCCUUGGCUCCCCUGCUGAGACUUUAGGGAAAGGCCUCGGGAUCAGGUCCUCAGCCCGGCCCCCCCAAUCAUCUACUGAUGCCCCUCAAUCCCGACCCGCAGCCCCCCUGCUCUUCCUGUUGUGGGACCUUGACCUGUUUCUGAAUGAAACAGGCGCCUUCACAAGCCUGACGUCCUGGGGGGUGUCAGGACCUUCGGCAGCUGAUCCCAUAGGAUGCCUGGCAGGCAAGAGUCAUCGUUGCCGGCAGCUCCCAAUGCCAGCGAGCCCACGUGGGGUCGGGCUCUCGGGGUCCAGCUCCCACAUGGGAAGGGCUCAGCAUCCGCUGUGCUGAAACCCAGUCCCUUGGGCCUGAGUUGAAAUCCGCCCGAGUCUUUCCAUUGACCUCUGGGGUGGGGCCUGGCAUGGGGGCCGAGGGGGCAAAUUCCAUACGCUGCUUGGCUUCCUUCCCCUGAAAGCGAUGGGCACAACCCCUCCCACCCCCGCUCCCUGUGGAUCUGUCCCCUGAGUCUGUCAGAGCUACUCAAUGACCUCUCACUGCUUAGGAUUUCUCUUAGCCUGGUUCUGGGGGAGGGAGUCUGUCCCUGUUUGCCCAGCGGGGCCAGUCCAGCUCUGGGGGAGGAGCCAGGGUCUGUCCCUCCUUGUGUGCCAUUAAUCCAAGAGCUGACCAAUCCUUUCUGCCUGUCUGGCCCCACUGGGGCUGUCUAGAGCCCCUGUGAUACUAGCGCUGAUGAUCGCCUGUUAAUUUGUCUCUUGGUUACUGGGCGUGAGGUGUGAGAGGGAAAACACCCAGCUUGACUCUCAGCUCCCAAGCUGAUGUUUCAGGCCGGGGAGGGGGCGGAACGGGGGAAAGAUGACAGCUACUGGCUUGUAACCGGUGUUUGUGGGCCAGGGGUGAAUGGAGGAACUCCCAGAACAGCCCCUCCUUGGAAGGCAUUAGCUGCUUGAGCUGAGCCAGAAGCCCCAGAUUCUGAAUGGGGCAGGUAAGCCGGGCCCUGAUUUCCCCGCUCAGCCGUAUUGAUUUGGAACCCUUUGCUGUCCAUCACGGCCCAGCUCUGGAGAGGGAAACGGAGUUAAAAAUAAAACCCUCCCUUGGGUUCCUCUUUAAAGCUGCCUCGCUGCUGAGAGGCCCAGAUCCUCUUUUAAUAACUCUGCCAGGUAUUUCUCAGGCACAAGAGUGAGAUCGGCCGCCCGGCCAGCGGCGAAGGGACUUGCAAAUAAAACUGUUCCAUCCUGAUUGCUCUUUGAACAAAACACGCAA